UUGUGGAUGAUAAUUCUACAACAUUGUUAGGGAGAAGUUCUUUUAAUUUUCGGGUUUCAUGUUUGUGCUCUUAUCUGUUGCGACCUCAGAAGACCAAAUGAUAGGAUGCACGUUGAGCUACCCAAUAGAGGAACAGAUAUUCUUACCUUUUUUUCCUAUAAAAUAGGUAUUAACAAGGGAAAUUUUGAAAGGGACAACCAAAAGGCAACAUUUUAUAUGUGCGGAAGCAUGUUGUGCAAAUGAUGAAGGGAAGUUAAAGUUCCCACCAAAGGCUAUUUUGACUAGCAUUCCAGAAGAGUCCAUUAUAGUAAGAUUUGUUUUGCGAUUCUAAAUCAGUUCUUCCACUACUGCAUCGGAAAUAGUUCAGUUUGGGCCCUAGACCAACCCACCCGACUUGCCCUGGACUUUAGUUUUCUGUAAAACUAGGACGCUGCUUUCUUUCGGCAUGUCAUCAUUAAGAUGCUGUAACUUAUCCAGGGAAUUAAUGGGACACUGAAAUGUGCAAGUCUGUCAUGGAAUCCGUUAUGCCGUGAGCGGAUUCGCGCUAGAACAAAUGACUUCUGUGAACACCGUGAAUCCUCCAAAGUGGAGUCUGACCUUAGAUGCCUCCUGGCCUCGCUACCCCAAAACCUGUACCACAAAAACGGUAUAGCAGCAAGGGUGAAGAAGAAUCCAGCCAGAAAACUGGGUGUGCCCGAAUUUUCCACUUCGGUCGGGUGGUGGAUGCACCCAUGGAGAUCAUAUGACUGGAAUGAAGGAAAAGUCUCUCUCACUCUUGUGCUUAGAGGAACCGGAUGUCCCUGGGAGUUCUCCCAGCUCCAGGGCGGGAAGGUGUUCAGGCGGACGCCGACGCUUGGAUGCUCUGAUCAACGGUAUUGGGUGCAGCUGGUUCACCUCCAAGGAGGCCCUGAGGGAGAAGGGGGGUGUCUGGGGUGCAGACAGCGGCUUUCCCGCGCGCAGCUGGAGGAGUGGAGAGCAGAUCUUCCUCUUGGCUCAAUCAUCGUUUCCUUAAUUAUAAAUCAUGAGGGAUGAAUACAAAGCAAUUGAAUGUGAAGAUUCAGGACUUUCCACGGGGAUGAAUCACACAGACGCUGUGCACCGAGAACCGCAGGAGGAGACAGUUACACACACCAAGGGUGUAGAUGGAAAUGAACCAACGGAAGGGAGUAACCUAUUGCAUAGCAGUGAAAAAACACUACAAGCAACACCAGCUGAAUCGAGUCUUCUACAAAGAUUGAGACAAACAUUGGCUUGCCCUCCGCAUGGUUCACUGGACAGAGUGAUAACAAAUGUUACCAUCAUCGUUCUUCUGUGGGCCGUAGUCUGGUCAGUUACUGGCAGUGAAUGUCUUCCCGGAGGAAACCUAUUUGGAAUUAUAAUCCUUUUCUAUUGUGCCGUCCUGGGAGGUAAACUUCUGAGGCUCAUUAAGUUGCCUACGCUGCCUCCACUCCCCCCUCUUCUUGGCAUGCUGCUCGCUGGGUUCCUCCUCAGAAACGUCCCGGUCGUCAGUGACAACGUGCAGAUCCAGCACCGGUGGUCGGCCGCCCUCAGAAGCAUCGCCUUGUCUAUCAUAUUGACUCGUGCUGGCCUCGGCCUGGAUGCAAAGGCCCUGAAGAAGUUGAGAGGAGUUUGCGUGAGACUGUCCAUGGGUCCCUGUCUUGUGGAGGCAUGCGCGUCUGCUCUUCUUGCACACUUCCUGAUGGGUUUACCGUGGCAGUGGGGAUUUAUCCUGGGUUUUGUUUUAGGGGCUGUGUCCCCAGCAGUUGUGGUGCCUUCGAUGCUCCUUCUACAGGAAGGAGGCUAUGGUGUUGAAAAGGGGGUCCCAACCUUACUCAUGGCUGCUGGCAGUUUCGAUGACAUUCUGGCCAUCACUGGCUUCAACACUUGCUUGGGAAUGGCCUUUUCUACAGGCUCUACCGUCUUUAAUGUCCUCAGAGGCAUUUUGGAGGUGGUCAUCGGUGUGGCAGCAGGAUCUCUUCUUGGUUUUUUUAUUCAGUACUUUCCAAGCAGUGACCAGAGCAACCUCUUGUGGAAGAGAACAUUCUUGGGGUUCUCUGUGCUAGCCGUGUUCAGCAGCGUGCACUUCGGUUUCCCUGGGUCCGGAGGACUGUGCACACUGGUCAUGGCUUUCCUGGCAGGCGUGGGAUGGAGCAGCAGAAAGGCAGAGGUUGAAAAGAUUAUUGCUGUGAUCUGGGACAUUUUUCAGCCCCUUCUUUUUGGAUUGAUUGGAGCAGAGGUAUCCAUCGCCUCUCUCAGGCCAGAAACUGUUGGGCUUUGUGUUGCCACCCUGAGCACUGCUGUAUUGAUACGAAUUUUGACAACAUUUCUGAUGGUGUGUUUUGCUGGUUUUAACAUAAAGGAAAAGUUAUUUAUUUCUUUUGCAUGGCUUCCCAAGGCCACAGUCCAGGCUGCCAUAGGAUCUGUGGCUUUGGACACAGCAAGAUCACAUGGAGAGAAACAGUUAGAAGGAUAUGGAAUGGAUGUGCUGACGGGGGCAUUUUUGGCCAUCCUUAUGACUGCCCCAAUUGGAAGUCUACUUAUUGGUUUGCUGGGCCCCAAGCUUCUCCAAAAAACUGAACCUCAAAAUCAAGAAGAAGUUCAAGGAGAGUCUUCUGUACAAGUUUAGAGGUGAAAAAGUGAACAUAAUGAUUAGAAAAGCUGCUACCAGAUACUACUUUUAUCAAGGAGGAUAUGAAAAUAAGUAAUGCUUAAGCUUCAAAUGUCACAGAACCAAAAGUGAAGCUGUUUCUGUGAGUAGUGUCUUCAGCCCUUCCUCGUAGGGACUAAUGCUUCGCAUCCAACCCUAAUCUCUCCGCCUUCCAUUUUGUUUAAUGCCCCUUCAUCAUGUAUCUUAAUUUGUGUAAGGACGGACCUAUUUAACACACCAUCAUAACUUAAAGGCAGCAUGGAGAUGACUAUGUUGGUGUCUCUUCUGCAGGCCAGCAGCAGCUCUGGACUCACUCACUGUGGGUUUCAUGACACAUGCUCACCUACACACACAUGCCUUGUUGUUUUUGGCUCCUCUUCCUUUUAUGUUUUAAACCCCAUAAUGAAGUCCCUCAUCAGUUCCCACCCUCACUUUACUUGCUAACCUGCCUCUUCUCCAUUUGCACUUCUAUUACUAUCUCUGUGUGAGUUGUGGAAACUGACUGGUCCCAUCAGAACCAUAAAGCACACGAGAUGUCUUCGUUGGCUCUUCCUCUUGUCCCCUCUGGACGCAGAAGUCCUUCUCUCCCUAGAGGGCUUCCUGACAUCCAUGUCAGUGGCCCAGCCCCAGGGAGUGCCCCAAGCCAGCCCUUUCGUACUCAUUUUUUGUGACCCACAUUUUCAGACUCCAGUUUUUGGUUUAGAGAUGGUUCAUUUUCAAACCUACGAUGGUCUCCUUAUGACUACCUUAGUUACGGUAAUAUAAGCUGCUAUAGUGAAGAAAAUAGAAAUGUGCUUCCUUCCUAUGAAAUCAGCUAGUUGGUUGAUGCCGACAGGGUAGCUCUGCUCAGGAGGUCUGCUCAGAGACCUCUCUUCCGAGUCUUCCAGUCAUGAGGCUCUGCUGUGCUGUAUAGCAUAGGAUGUGGGUUAAAGACGGAUCGCCCCCACGGCUCCUUUCUAGCCCUCAGGAAGGAGAAGAAAAGAACAUGCAAGUAAAGCAAUUCAGCUUUCAGGAAGUGAUGUGGCGACUGAACCCUCUGUCCUCUGGCAUCCUGUUGGUGAUGGCCGCAUCCCGCUGCGAGGAGACCGAGAAGUGUAGUCUAGUUAGGCACCCAUAUUCCUGGAGGAACAGAAGAGGAGUUUGUGAGAACAGAGCUAUUCUGUUGGGUGUUAUCGCUUCGUCACAUACUCCUGCGUGUUAACAAAAGCUUUUCAAAGACGGUAUCUUAAACCAAAGGAGUGACUUCUGUGGCAUGAAUUUUUGACAUUGUGGGACACCAGCAGAGAAGAUAUCAGAAGACAGACUUAUCUGCAGUCACGUUUUAUCCCACUUUGUAGCAGGUCAUGUCUGCUUUUGUGGGAUCACCUAAGUUCUUCUGCCUAGUUGCUAAGAUGAUCACGUUUAAAUAUAAUUUAAAGCUUUUAUCAUGUUGUAUGUAUACCUUGUCAUAUCCCAUCAGAACCCUUUAAACUAGAAUUCAAAGUUUGAUCUUGAAGUAGAUGUUAAAUAUGUAUUAAAUGAAUGAAUGAUGAAUGUCCUUAUCCCCAAGAUAACCUGCACAGAGCCUGUCCACUUUUUAUCUAACUACCAUUCCAGCCCUUUUCACGCUGACUUUGACACUAUUAAAAACUAGGUUGGGGGUGGUGGUCGAGGCAACGGAUCCCACAUGGCUGACUUCAUGAUU